AUGGUGCACCGAAAGUUUUAUUCUGAGGAAGAAUUAGCAAGAAUAUUAGAACAGAGUGAUUCUGAGUAUGAUUUUAGUAAUGAAGAUGAUUAUAACUCCAGUAAUUCAGGUUCAAGUGACACUGAAGAUAAAAAUGUUGUGGAUGAAAGUAAAAAUAUUGAGGAUAAAGAUGUACCUGCUGAAAAUGUGACAAAUAACAUAAAUAAUUGGGAAAGGUACCUUACUAAUGGUCCUAAUUUCCCAAGACAACCUUUUAUAGUUCCCAAACCAGGAAUUAAUAUUCCAAAUGGUAUGUGUGAAAAGAAAAUUAAAUUUUUUUGGUCAUUUUUUUACUAACCGACUACUGAAUCAAAUUGUCACCGAAAUAAAGAGACAUGAGAUAUAGAAUAUACAAAAAUGUACUCCUCUGCCUCAAUAUUCCAUUUGGAAUACUUGGAAAGAGGUGAAUUUGAUUAAAAUAAAAGCAUUUCUGUGUGUUAUAAUGAAAAUGGCUCUAAAUUCAAAAUUAGAAUUCAAAGAGUUUUCAAUCUCAUGCCCUUCUUUACAGAUAUGUUUACUAGAAAUAGAUUCUUACAAAUUUUCUGGAUGCUCCAUUUGUGCCCUCAACCACUGCAGCAGCCAAUGAUGGCUAGACCCAGGUAGAGUAAAAUAAAAAAUGUGGCAGACCGCAUAAACAGAAAUUCUGUGAACUAUUUAUUCCUCUUGUGAAAAUAGAAUAGAUGAAAACACAGUUGGAUUCAAGGGCAGAGUACAACGGAAAUGUUACAAUCCACAGAAUCCCACCAAAUGGGGACUUUGAGUUUAUUGCUUGUGUGAUAGUGAAACAGGUUACCUAGAAGUUUUGUUCUAUAUUUUGGAAAAACCACUACAGAGAGUUUAGUUCACACUGACUUCAGGGCUAGUGCAAGGCAGAAGUAAAGUUUGCCGCCCCCCCAUGUGACAUCACAAUGCCCCACCCAUAUGAUCUGCCAUGUGAACUAACGCCAGUGCUGCAGUGCCGCCGUGUUUACAUUAAAAGGCCUGCAGGGAAAGGCUAUGGACACCAGAACCACUACAUUAAGCUGAAGUGGUUCUGGGGACUAGAGAUUAGUGCCACGAAUAAUAUACUAGAUUGCCUACUUACAACCAGAUGAGGAUGAUGAUGGGCUCUAGCUGCAGUCUGGCUCCACUGGUCUGGUGUAGAACAAGCUCGCUGGAGGCUGUUUGUAACUGUGGUCACAAAAAUCAAUGUUCAUUUUUUAAGGCCCUUUACACAGCUCAAGGUCUGGGUCCCAGGGUCCACCUUCAUGUUCCACCAAUAAGUUUGUUCAUAGGGGGUGGAGUAGGGGGAUGUCCUGAUAUAAGUGUAAGGAAUGCAUUGUGUGAAUCUGUGUUUGUAUGUGUAAGGGCUGCAAGGUGUGUUUCUGUGUAUGUACGGGAUGCAGUGUGUGCGUCUGUAAGGAGUGCAUUGAGUGUGUGUAAGGGGUGCAUUGAGUGUGUGUAAGGGAUGCAUUAUGUGUAAGGGUUGCAUUGCUUGUGUGUGUGUCUGUGUGUGUAAUGCAUUGUGUGUUUUUCUGUGUGCAAGGGGUGCAUUGUCUUUGUGUGUAAGGGGUGCAUUGUGUGUGUGUGUGUGUGUGAUGGAUGUCAAUCUCUUCUCCCCCCUCUCCCUCCCUUGUCACUCUCUUCUCCCCCCUUGUCCCUCUCUUCUCCCCUGCUUGUCCCUCUCUUCUCCCCCUCCCUUGUCACUCUCUUCUCCCCUGCUUGUCCCUCUCUUCUCCCCCCUCCCUUGUCACUCUCUUCUCCCCGUUGUCACUCUCUUCUCCCCUCCCCACUCUCAUUCCCCCUCCCUCCCUGUCAAUUCCCCCCCCCCACCCUGUCAAUUUCUUUCCCCUCCCUUUCAAUUUCCCCCGUUCCUGUCAAUUCCACCCCCUUCCUGUCAAUUCCACCUCCCUUCCCUGUCAAUUUCACCACCCCUUCCCUGUCAAUUCCACCCCUUUCUUGUCAAUUCCCCUUCCCUACCAUUGUUGCAGCUGAGCCCUCUAUUGGUUCCCUCCUUUCAAUUUAUUCCCCCCUCCCUUUCAAUUUAUCCCCCACUCUCUGUCAAUUUAUCCCCCCUGUCACUUUAUCCCCUGUCAAUUUAUCCCCCCUGUCAAUUUAUCCCCCCCUCCCUGUCAAUUUAUCCCCCACUCCCUUUUAAUUUAUUCCCCACCCCCUCUUUCAAUUUAUUCCCUACCCUCCAUUUCAAUGUAUUCCCCCCCUUUCAAUUUAUUCCCCCACCCUCCCUUUCAAUUUAUUCCCCCCCUCCCUGUCAAUUUAUUCCCCCCCUUCCCUGUCAGUCCCCCCUUCCCUGUCAAAUCCCCCUUUCCUGUCAAUUCCCCCUUCCCUGUCAAUUCCCCUUCCUUGUCAGAUUCCCCUUCCUGUCAGUUCCUUCCCUGUCAAUUUCCACCCCUUCCUGUCAAUUCCACCUCCCCUUCCCUGUUAAUGUCACCCCCCUUCCUGUUAAUUCCACCCCUUUUCCUGUCAAUUCCCCUCCCUUCCUACCAUUGUUGUAGGCGUGGCGGAGCCCUCUAUUGGUCAGCGGGUGCAGGUAGCUUUGUUUCCUGUACCCCGGCGGACUAACAGGAAGUGCACACUCAGUGUGCACUUCCUGUUAGUCCGGCCGGGUACAGGAGACAGAUGCUCCCUGUACCCGCGGACCAAUAGAGGGCUCAGCAAUGCUACAGUGAGGGAGUGACAGGAGGGAGCGCCGAGCGCUGAGUGCUUCCCUCCUGUCAGCCCCUCUCCCCAGGCUGCGCCCGGUGCAAAGCUGCAGCCGCCUGAGGCUCUCUACAGAGAGCUUGGGCGGCUGCAUCAUGAGGAGGGCCGGCACUCCUGGUGGUGCCCCUUCCCAAGGGGCGCCCUAGGCGGCUGCCUAGUCCGCCUAACAGGUAGCGCCGGCCCUGACUUACUAGUAGAAAUAUCCUUCAUUUGUGCAAUGUUACUUUUAGUGUCUCAAGGAAAAUUUUAUCAUGUGUUUACAGACCUAUUGUACAUAGGACCUCAAUUUUGCGAAGAACUAUUGCACCUUGGGAUCUACACCACUGGCACUGUUAUGACCGAUCACAAAGGUUUUCCACAGUAAAUGGAGAGCAAAACAAUAUUACGGCACAAGGUCAUUGCAUACAAAACAUUUCGAAUAAUAUUGAUUGAGCAGCUCGAUGGGCAAGUUCAAAAUGUAAAUUUCCGAAAACGGGAAAGGCAAUCAACACAAGACACUGAAGACAGGUUAAAUGGUAAACCCCACUUUGUGAUGAAAGAUUAAAAUUGCACCGCGAACGGUUAAAGUAGUCUGCACUCGAUUUUGGUGCAGUCUUCAACCAUACCACCAGGUAUUUUGCUCACCGCCCACAAGACUGAAGGAAAUGCUUUCUACUGAACCACCAGGGAAUGUUAAGCAAGAAGGGGACAAAACACACACUUAAAGACUACACACACAACAUUCAUCCACACUAAGACCUACACACAAACACACACAAUACUCAACCAGCACACACAGGCACACUAAUCCUGACACACACAGCACACAGCCACUACACACACAAUACUCAGCUCCCACUACACACACAAUACUCAGCCAUCACACAUGCAAAGCCCUCACAGAACAGAGCCCAGAUCUAAGAUGGGGCCCCAAUUUGGCUUCUUUCCUAGAGCCCUGGACAACCUUAAUCUGGCUCUGCAAGACAUGCUACAUAUCUGUUAGAUUAACAAUACAAAGCUUUAUUCAGUGAUUUUUUUCUUUUAACAAUGAAGGGGUGGUCUGAUAACUUGAGUAUACAGUAUCUUAGAGCAUACACCUGUAUUACCUCCACCCUCAUUCAAUCAAUAGACUGUAGGGAGGGAUCCUAGACAGACCUGCAUUUUCAUAUCAUUUGUUACAUGCAGUCUAGAAGGUGUGCAGAAAUCUACAAGGCAGAAGAUGGGAAUAAGAAUUCCAAAUUAUCAUUUUGUGCUCACAAUCCUGCUUUAUACUUUGCCGGCCGUAAGUGAACCAACUUUCUUUUUAUUUAGCCAAUGCACAUCUAUAUAUUUUAAUGCAGAUUCAUUUGUUUAGAGUUAAAAAUAAUUUUCUAGUAAAAUUGUUAACUGCUCUGUGGCAGUCGGUUACAGCAAAUCUGCCUUUUAACAGGAAAACAGAAUAAUAAUUACAAGUAAUACCUUUGUUCAUUUAAAAAUUCAAGAUGUGAGUAUUGUCCCCUAUUUAUUCACUAAGCAUCAAAUUAUAGUGAAUAGAAAUACAAAUUGCUAAAUAUAGCCAAGAUGGGAAUAUAGUUGAGUUGGAAAAUGUUGCCAGAUCAGAUAUUUUAGUUUCAAUAUUGAAUAAAAAGAUAACACUAUAACAUUAUUAAAUUAAUCUUUCAGUAACUCCUAAAUCACACUGUCAGUUGCACUUAAUAACACCGAUUGUAUAUCAUUAAUCGGUCUUUUGUGGAUUAGGAAUGAAUAAUUAUUGAAGUUAUUAAUACGCUGUUAUUACAAUUCAUAAAACACCAUGUAUCGUUAAACAAUAACUUGAGCAAUUAAAUAUCAACUAAAUGGUGAGUAGUGGUGAGCUGAAAAUCGAGUUGCAAAAUAAAAGAUUUUUCCUAGAUUGACUAUUUUGAAUUACAUUUUACUUUUUAAAUUUCACUUCACUACAACUCUGUUUAAUGAAUAAAGUCAAUGAAGUUAUCUGUCAUGACAACAUUUGAGUAACGAUGGGAGAAAAACACUAAAAGGUUUAUUUACUAAAUUGUGAAUUUUGGUGCCUUACAACAUAUAACCAACUCAGCGGAAUCAGAUAUAUUUGUCACUAGACUAACUAACUUAUAAAUUUUUCCCAUCAAAUAAACAGCUCACUGUUUCACAAAUAAACCCCUGUAUUUGUAGGAAUUAUAAAAGAAAGGAAUGAUCUAAUUCUGUGGGAUUCUACAAAAAUAUCCAAGCACUUUGUCCCAGGACAGUUCUUGUUUAGCCUUGAUACACUUACCCUCAGGCCGGCCAUUUAAAUAUGACAAUAUUUUCUGUCUGGGGAGAAUUCUAGGGUUCCUUACACCAGCGCAGCCUGGUUAGGAAUUUACAGUCUGAAGGUGGAAAGGUCACUUGAACUGUAUGAGCCAAAUUUGUCUGUCAGCAGCUGGGAACAUUCUCCUGUUUAUGAAUGAAGAGAUUCAGCAGACAGCUAUUCACCGGAUAUAUGAACUCAUUACCUGUGCUAAUCUUACAUAGCAACCAGGGAAUCACUCCACCUGGCAACUAGAAUGUUAAUUACAUUCACUGUUCUUUAACUGCAACAAUAAUUAGUAUUUGCUGAUUACAAUACAAAUUUCAUUUGAUUGCUGGUAACAAAAUGGUGACAACUGGCUCAAAGAACAUGUGUUGAGUCAAUGUUUAAUAUACUGCUACUGGGCAGUCUUUAGGGAGAAAUUACAUGUUUUUUGUCAAAGAGUGUACAGUACUGUAGUGAGUUGGUAAUAGUUACAAAUGUUAGCCUUCAUUUAACUUGUAGCACAUCUCAAUGUUUAAUCAAUAAACCUGUAUGGCAUUAUUAAUUAAAUACUGGACUGCAGUGAAAUGAAAUAGGAAUUACAACAUUUAAGCCCAAAAUUCUCCAACCCAGCUAUACUCACAGUUUGCAUUUCUGUGAAUUAAAUGUUUAGCUAAUAAACUCUUAUGUUUAGUAUUUUAUUCAAUGCCACAUUCAUACGGAAAAAGAUGUAAUACUUUAGUUUACUGAGCUAUCAUGGGGCAUUACUGACUAAGAAUUAACCUUUGUUUUAGUGGCAAUCAACUUGCAAAACAGUCAAAUUAUGUGAAACAAAGUGAGAAAAGUAUGUCAAACGUGGCUGCGAUCUAUUCUUUAUUUCCCAAUCCCACAGUUUUGAAAGCUGAAUUUCAGUUUAAAGCAGUUUGUUGCAUAGUGAAUACAAACCCAUACUGAUCAUAUUGCUAACGAUUGUUUGUUGUAAUCCGGGGUAUUAGUGAAAUGAAUUGUUAAUACCAACAACCAGUACAUGUUUGUGGUGCAUCCACAGAUACCCACCACCAUUUAGUGUUAACCAUUUUGCAAUUUAGAUGCAUUUCAAUAAAAAAAGCAUUUUCCAAUUUUUUUCCAUAGCUUAUCUACAAGUACACUAUAAAGGCUCACUCUGCUCCACCAAUACAUUAUAAAGGCUCACUCUGCUCUAUAAGUACACUAUAAAGGCUCACUCGGCUCUACAAGUACACUAUAAAGGCUCACUCUGCUCCAGCAAUACACUAUAAAGGCUCACUCGGCUCGACAAGUACACUAUAAAGGCUCACUGUUGUGGCUCCCGGCCCGCCGCAUGGCACAGCCGUGCCCGACUGGCACGGCCUCGCCGAUAUUGCGAGCUUACCUGCUCGCCGGUGAGCCGGGAACCGCUCCUCCGCGUCUUCUGGGCGUUGCACCCAAAUCAAAGAUGGCGCUGACCACGUGGUUGCGCACACCACAAGCUCCGCCCCUCAAAUUUCUGGGGUCAGAGGUUAUCCUCUGACCAAUCAGAGACCAGAGAGGGAUGUUUAAAUCCCUAAUUCACUCCAGUUCCUUGCCCUGUCGUGGUUUCCUAUUCCUGGUUCCCGAGAGUGCGUUUAUCUUUGUGAAUAUUACUUCCUGGUAUCCUGAUCUUGACUUUUCCCUGGUUAUUCCAAAUUCUGGUUCCCCUGACUUGGCUUGUUUCAAUGGUAUCUGAGAAUUUCCCUUUGACCAUUCUCUAUCUCUAGCGUAUUAGUCUGGCCAUUCUAAGGUUUACGCUCUGUCCUUUUAUUUCCUUUCCUUUUUUAUGUAUAUGUUUACAUAGUUUCUGCGUGUUGGACCACACUAGCAGCCGUGACACUCACUCUGCUCCAGCAAUACACUAUAAAGGCUCACUCGGCUCUAUAAGUACACUAUAAAGGCUCAUUUGGCUCUACAAAUACACUAAGAAGGCUCACUCAGCUCUAUAUGUACACUAUAAAGGCUCAUUUGUCUCUAUAAGUGCACCAUGAAGGCUCACUCGUCUCUAUAAGUACACUAUAAAGGCUCACUCGGCUCUAUAAGUGCUAUAUAAAGGCUCACUCGGCUCUAUAAGUACACUAUAAAGGCUCACUCGACUCUAUAAGUACACUAUAAAGGCUCACUCUGCUAUAUGUGUACACUAUAAAAGCUCACUCGGCUCUAUAAGUACAAUAUAAAGGCUCACUCAGCUCAUGUGCUCUUCAACUAUGAUCAUCUUAAUGCCAGGAUGUCGUUAAGUGUUUUUCAUACACCUGACUUGACAAAUUUCAGAAUUAUUUAUUGAAAACUAUGUACACCAUCCAUAUAGGUAGACUUUAGUUUUUAAAUGUUCUUAAAUAUUAGAUAAAUGCAUUUUUUAUUAUAGGAUAAUGUAAUAUAAUGACCUGAAGCAGCAGAUAGAUGGUACAUUUUACCAUCAAGUGUUAUUUUGCAUUUAGCAACUCUUAUUAACUUCAAUGGGAGAUAUUAUAACGUGUUCAACAGCUUCUAAUUACCUAUGAUCAAAUAUUAAACUUUGUAAUAUCAGUAGUAAUCAAUAGAGAUAGACAUUGCCCACCUGCUCAUAAAAGACUGCGACACAACAAGCAUGGAAUCAUGCACACAGUGAGACGAAAUGUAAUAUAGUAGACCAAGCAUAAUUGCUGUUGACUUUUUUCCAAAGUUAGAUUUUACAAUUCAAAUGUUAAUAUGUUAAACAUUUUUUUUUUUCAGAUGGCUUCCAGCAGCUCAGGUAAAUCUCAUUCUCUGUGAUGUCACUUUAAAUAUAUGUAUUAAAGUGGUGUAGUGGUUAAAGUGCUUGGAGUAAAACUUUAUUACAAAUUAAUUUUUCAAAAAACAAAAUGAAUGUCAAAGUAAAAAGAAGGCUUUUCUAUGUGUGCAAAUAUUCCUAUAUUCAUGUUCCAUAUGCACUGGCACUAUACUUGUAUUCUAGUCCAUUGCUCAAAUCCCAAAAGAAGAGACAACAAGAAAAAUGAUUUUAAAAAAAAAAUGUAUUUAUUUAUUAUUUAUUUCUUAAAGUGUUUCUGUCACAUUUGAGAUUUUCAUAAAGUUUGAAUUAGUUUGAAAUUGCAGUGCAAUCUAAACAUACAGAUGACACAGAUUUGGGGCUACUUUAUCUUAUCUAAGUGCUGAUCUUUGGCAUAUCCUGCCGUUUCACAUCAGCCAUCAACAGUUGUCCUCUCUCUUGGGCACCAUAUGUAUUAUCUUAUUAUCAACAAUACAAUAGCAACAAUGGCUCCCGAUAGUUGAAGUUGCCAGUAACUGAAGAAGCAUGGUGGAAAAAUAAGGUAGUGAUGCCGAGAAAGUGAAACAUAAGGUAAAUGUAUCUCCUUGACCACUUACUCCCAGCCAAAUAAAAGUAGACUUGCCACUUUAAGGGCAAGGUUGCAAAAAGUUUUUACAGUGCUGAUUGGAUAUGCUAAAGCUGUUAAUAUGUUGUUCUACUCAUACAGCACUUUAAAAUAUUUUUCCCUGGGAGACACUUACAGAAAACAAUAUUCAUUCAAAGUGCAUCCAUUCCUCAUAACAGAUGAAACAAAGUAUUUCUUCCCUCCCUUGCAGAUAUUUCAGUAUCCAUAUAUGACGUCACAUCAAGAAGUGUAUAUGUCCAGUGGUCAAAAGUUGUUGGAGCCAUGUCCUACAAAAUCAUAGCAUCUCCUGUCACGUCUGCAGUCUCAUCUACAUUUGCAGUGUAUAAUGCCGCCAUUAUCAUGGGAACCUUAAAUAAUCUUCUACCAAACAGUAACUAUACAGUCACAGUGGAAGCCAUGGACAAAGAUGGCGUCAUUCUUGCUCAUGCUCAGACCCUUCAGCUUACAGGUUGGUGAAAAAUAUUAAGUAUUUCUAAAUAGACCGGGCUGUAAAUUUGUGAACUAAAAAAUAAAUCUUUAGCUACAUGACUGAGUAGAGUACAGUGAGUAACUGUAACUGUUUUUUUUUUCUAUACAGCUCCUGAGGUUCCCAUCAUUGACAAAGCAUAUUCCAAACUAAGUAAUAGUAUCACUGUGGAAUGGGCUGAGGUAACUGGAGCCUUCAGCUACUUAGUAACAGCCCAAAAUGGAGAAUUCUUUGCUGAGACCAUUGUCACUAGUUCCCCGGGGACUGUUACAGGCCUGCAAGCUGCUACAACCUACAGGAUAACUGUGAGAUCAAUCAACUCUGCUGGAAAAAGUCAACCAUCCCCUCCAAGACAAGCAGAAACAGGUAUUAACAGAUUAAAGGGACACUCCAGACCCUUAAAGAAUGUUAGCUUGCUCAAAAGCUUUAUGUGUGAAGAGUGUGUCCUGUUUAUUUCCUUUUACAUAAAGUGCAGAUUUCCAUAGAAUUUUACAAAAAUUUUUUUUUUUUUAUAAAUGAGCCUUGUUACACCACCCUUGCUUUCAAUCAGAUAACUGCUCCUCUUACUUCCUGGUUUGGUUAACUCAAUGGUAUUAAACUCAAGAGGCAGCAAUUGAAAAGAACAUGGCAAUAUGGGGAGGAAGGAAAUGUCAUCUGACACGUUAUAUAUAUAACUCUAAAUGUAUGUCCACUGUUACCAUAUGUAAAUGGUUUUGUUUCAUUCCUCAGUGCUACCUGGACCUUUGGUGACUGUGAUCUCCUCUAGCAGUGAUUCACUCACUGUAAGCUGGGAGAUGGAUUCCUUAGCUGAAUCAUACUUUGUGUCUGUCAUGAGAUCUGAUGGUCAAGGCAUCAGAUGGAACCAGAAUGUAACUACCACACCCAUCACCUUUACCUCCUUGGAUCCUGGCACCAUUUAUACCAUCAAAGUCCAUGCCUGGAAUGUGGAUGGAACGCCUGGGGAUGACAGCACCAAAAACCAAAUUACACGUAAGAAUCUAUUUAACCAAUGUUAACUGUGUUCUCAGAUGUUCUAGUAGUGUAACCGACCUCUGUUUUCAUACACUGUUCUAAUACACUGUCAAUAAACUUAAACAUCAUAUUCUGAAACCUAAUUUUUUUUAACCUUUUUUAUGUCUUGUCCCUUCUAUCCAUUCCUUGUACGUAGAUUUAUAAAUGUACAAUACAUUCCUUUUAGGGCCCAGGUGUCCAUCAGACCUUCAGAUAAUAUUUAACAGUGGAGAAUUAGAAGCCACAUUUACAGUAACAGGAGCCGAAGCCACAGUUAACUACACAGUGAGUCUUUCCAGUGAAAAUGAUAGCAUCAACUGCACAACCUCUGUGUCUCCCUGCACUAUCUCCUCCCUGCAAUGUGGCCUGGAGUAUUCUGUGUCUCUGGCAGCAAGCAAUGAUGCAGGAUCCACCAUGGCCAAUAAGACGUGGACUUUAAAUUCUGGUACGUUUCCGGUAUGGGAAGUAGUAAGGGGUUAACAAAUGGAACUUUUAUUUGCGUUUGAAGACUUCAUGGAUUUAAAUAGCUCCACAGACAAGAACAGAACUAUUUUGUUGCAAAAAAAAUAUGCCCAAGAAUUUAAAAAAACAGGAACAUCUAUAAAGAUUCUGGAUUGGUAAAUGUGAAGAAUUUGUCCACUUGUCCUGAAUCUUUGAAUAUAACUACCAAGACUAUGCGGAGAGUAGUCUGGUCCCAUAGACAAAAUAAGGCUCUAAGCCAGGGGUCCUCAAACUACGGCCCCCCAGAUGUUGCUGAACUACAACUCCCAUGAUUCUUUAAAUUACAUAGAUAGCUAGAUAUUCAUGGGAGUUGUAGUUCAGCAACAUCUGGGGGGCCGGAGUUUGAGGACCCCUGCUCUAAGUCCCUUUUGUAUGUAGCCAUUAUAAACACAAUCAAAUACACAAGGUUAUUAGCUAAAUAGGAAUUUUUCAGAGUACUUAUCUGGGUCUAAAAUGUAAAACUUCCAAGAUAAGUGAAUGGCCCUUAAUUGGGUUUAUUCAUUAUAUCAUUGAUUGGGGAGAGACAAAAAGAAAUGCAACAUUUUGGUCAAAAUAACCUAACUAAUAGCCACCAUAUUCUCGCUUCUUACAUAUAACCCACAUUCUACAACAGGAGUAAAUAAAGAGCCCAAGAGCAGAUUCCUGGUUUUCAGGUCAAUAUUAUGAUGACACGUUAUAUAGGUAUCCAAGUGGACAGCAGGAGAGAUAAAAGUAGUUGAUAAUAGAAGGCCUGGGGAGAUCUUUAUAAUGUUCCCAUAAAUAGAGGGCAGUGCAAAAAAACCCAAAACAUAUAUAUCGUAGUAUAUAAAAGUGUCAAUAACCACCAACUUUGCAAACAAAAUAUUGCUUUAACUUUGGUUUUAAUGUGUUAUUUUUUAAUGAAAAUAUUUCAUAUUUCCAGUCCCAUGUGCACCCAGUGGAAUCAGCAUCACGGAGAACAACCCUGGUAACUUAACAGUAUCUUGGUCAAAUGUUAGCCUGGCUGAGUAUUAUGUAGUUUUUGUGAAGAGCGAUGAUGGCUUGGAGGUCCAUUGUAAUACAUCCCAGACAGUCUGCUACUUCCCUGCUGAGUGUGGUUUCAUAUACAUCAUGAGUGUCUUUGCUUAUAGCAAGGUGGGACAGAGUCCUCUGGGAGAGAUUCUCAACUACACAACAGGUAUGUUCCAUCAGAGUGACUUAAAAAUUAAAUUUUAGGAUGGAUUGGGGCUGCCUUACAUACCCUCACCAGAUCUACAGCCAGAUCUACAUCAUUCAUCACUAUUCCAUAGGAAGGCCUGGGGAGAUCAGAAAAAAUUAUUCUGUAGUAACUUUUGAAUUGUACAUUUGAUAGCAAUUUGGCUAGUAUUAUGUAUAGAGUCAACAAAACUAUGUAUGGAAGGCCCUUAAAAAAACCCACAAUAAGUGUGAAUAUUAAAUAAGCUGCUAUACUCUCUCUAAUGUUAUUAAAAUACCACAAAUAAACCACCUAAAAAAAUAGUUUAGCCCUUCAAAUAAUGUAUAGGCUCCACUUUAUUUCCUUUGGUGGCAUCCUGAAGGUUGCACUUUAUCAUCUUGUGAAAAAUAGAGUUACAAGAAUUAUUAAUCUCUGGGAGAUCCCGUUUCUGUCUUUUGUGUUUUUCCAGCUCCCUGCUGCCCCAGUGAUUUCAGUCCUGCAUACGUGUCCACCGAUACAUUAGAAAUUGUUUGGACUGCUGUCCGUGGUGCUGAAAUGUAUGAGACUAAAGCAGAUGACGGAACCAACUUAAUACUGUGCAAUGACACAGCCACUGUGUGUGCCCUCUCGGGUCUACAGUGCAACACGCUCUAUAAUGUCACAGUGUAUUCAUACAGUGAAACCAGGGGCAGUAAUACAUCGUGUGCAUCCAAAAUGAUGACAACAGGUAUGUAGUCCUAAACCUGCUAGUAAUUUGGCAUUCACCUCUGUUCUAUAAGCUACAUUAUACUAUAAGAAAAGUUCAUUUCUUCUGAAUAAAAAUUACUUAUUUAAAGUAUCAUAUCUGAAAGGGGUUGUCAUUUCCUAGCAUUUUUACUGCAACGUUUACCUGUCUCUUAUAUUUAAAAUGUGUGUGUUUGUGAGGUUUGAAAAAUAAAAUGAAAUGUACAAACCCACGUGGCUCUAAUUACCCCUAUCCUCGAAUUGAGUGCCUUCAUCUUGGCUCCAUUCAUUAUAUCGUUAUACAUUCUACCUUUCGGACCUGUCCAUCAUCAGAGAGAGAACAGGAGAACCAGAUGCAAUUUGUGCCCUGACUGUGCCAAAAUGGAACUAGAUUGUGAUUUCAAUGGAUCACAUGAAAAAAGAUUAGCACAAAUUACAAAGAUAUUUCGAAGACUUAUUAAAGGCUGUAAAUCAAAGAGAGAUGAUGGUUGCCCUUUAAUGUGUCUGCUUCAAUGCACAAUGGAUGUGUGCAUCAUGAUUUAUAGGUGAGAUGAAAGAUAAAUAAAGCAUAAUACAUAUAAUUCUAUGGGUAGCAAAAACAACCAAACUAAUACUGCUCCAGACAUUUUGUUCAGGGCAGAAGGAUACAUUUAAAAUAGAUUAAAGCAGAAUGUAUCUUUCUUCAUAAAACCAACUAUCUCCCCUUCCUCCACUCACCCUACUGAUCCAGUUGAAGAGAUAUGCAUCUUGUAAAGUUGUGAUGGUUUUUUUCUGAUAAAGCCAAUAAUAAUGCACUGUUGGUAGAUCAAUAAUACCUUUUGUUUCUUCAUUAAACUAUUGACCAAUCUAUAAAAGGUUGUAAAUUAUACCAAUACCUUAAUAAUAAGCUGUGUUGCAGUUCGGGGUUUGUGCCUUCUUUUCAAUGAACAGCAGCAAUACAUAUAUGUGAAACGCUGAACUUGAUAGACUUGAGUAUUUUUUCCUUCAGCCUAUAUUACAAAGUAACUAUGUAAAUGACUGUGUAACUUAGUCUUAGAGCAGUGGUCUCUAGUCUCUCUGUUAGGAUCACAGGGGAUGGAACAGGCUUAAUAUAUUAAUGUAGAACAGGGAUCCACCCACAGUAAAUUGUUUAUUACUUUCUCAGGGCAUUUAAAACCUAAUAAACUAUAAAGGUUCUAAUGAGAUUUCAUAUGGUUUAUAUCGGUUUAUAUUGUGUGAAUGGGUGACUGAAUAAUGGAUUGCCAAGUAUUGCCAUGUACAUAAUUCAUGUUUCAGUCAGAUUAAUAAUCCUUACCUUGGAGUCCAGCCACAUGUAAGCUGUUCACCUAUAUUGUAACAGGUUGAUAUGAAAGAGGCUGUAACUGAAUUAGACUUUUAAAUAAAAAUGAAAAUACAUUCUCUCCCAGGCAUGGGCAAAAGGCACAUCCCCAGAUGUUGUAGAACUGCAACUUGAUGUUUUGCAUUUCUAAAGUUGGCAAAUCAUUGUGGUAGUUGAAGUUCUACAACAUCAGGGGGGUCUCUCUUUUACUUAGCCCUCAACAUUUAUUUUCUCUUGGUUUUUUUUCUUUUCUUUCCACAACAUCUUUUGCAGAACAUUAGAAUUACACUGAAUUAGUUUACCUUGAAAUGUAGAGAUACAUGUAAAUUAUAUUUUGUGACAUGUUGGCCUGCCCAAAUGUAGCACUCAAGUUGCAAAGAUUUCACAAUUAAAGAUGCCAAAUAAAGACUUCUGUAGAAGCACCCCCUAUUCUACUAUUUCUAACUAUGUCCUCAUUUAACAUUUUGAAAUCCAUUUUAUUUUGUAUAACACCUGUGGGCGUUUUUUUAAAUGAUACAUUUUUCCAUUAAUAAAUCUGUUUCUAGCUCCAUGUAGCCCAGAAAUAACCAGUAUCACAAAAAUAAAUGUGACCAUGUUCAUGAUACAUUGGAAUUCCAGUAGCAGUGACACAAUGUAUACUGUAACUGCCAGAGGAGAUGCAGAACUCAGGGAAUGCACCAGCUCAAAAACAUUCUGUGCUCUGGAGAACCUUCCUUGUGGGGAGACAUUUAUGGUCAGUGCUGUGGCCAUUGCACCUUCAGGAACAAGUCUGCCCAGUUACAGUGUGCGUUUGGAAACAGGUAAAAUGUUUUUGAAUAUUCAUGUUUAUUUUGAGCUUCAGAAUCUAAUUUACUCAAUUGCUAAUUGCUAAUUUACUCAAAUUAUGUCAAAUAACUGAGAACAUUUUUUAUAAAGGCAGUAUCGAAGAGGUACACUUCAUAUAACUGUUACCAACAGAGUAAAAUGUUCCUCAUACCAACAAGAAAUAAAUUGAACAAUGUGAUAUAAUGUCUAACCAACUUUUAUUGUAACAUCAAGCUGUCAUUUGCAAUAUACAGAUUCAAAACACUGCUGAAUUACGUGUUACUGUAACACCAUCUUGCCUGUCAAUAAAUAAAGAAAUGUAUAUCAAAUUUACUCUAGAUUAAUAACAUUUUUUGACAUUAAAGCAUCUUUUUUUUCUUAAAGAUUCUUUAUUUUUCAUUUUUCAAAAAAGACAGAAAGGAAAGUUGGUUAAUGAGGUAACAACAGUAGGGUAUAACAUUGAGUUGUUCGCAUAUAUAUAUCUGGUACAUUACUUAUAAGUGUCAUCUUUGUGUCUAUACCAUUUUUUGUGGACCGGCAUUUGUUGGGGGUCUUGAGGUCUGUAUAGUUAAGUUCAUUAUCUAUUUUAGUUCCCUCGGAUGGAGAAGGAUCUAACUGGGACGCUAUGCCAAGGGUUGGGUGGUGAGCCGGGUUUGGUAGCUCUUUAGCUUCAGUCGAUGGUAUAGUUUGUGAGUUGACCGUACCAGGAGUGUUGGUGAGGGUUGUUUCGUGGGGGGUUGUUCGGCAAGGAGGCUACUGCCUUAGGUAGGGUUAUUGGGUGGGGUUGGUUCGGUAGAGCCUGUCAUGUAGUUUCGUUUCGUUGGUAGGAGGGGGGUUGGGGGUUAAAGCAUCUUUUAAAGACAUAUUAUUAUGUGCUUCUCUUAUUCCCCAAAGUGGUAGGGUAAGUUUUUCCCAUAGUAAAUUAAACAAAAAAGAUUUAAUAAAUACUAUAUUUAGUUAAUUAUAACUAUAUACAAUAUAAGUUUAUAUAUUGUACAUAGUAAUAUAAGAAUACACAUACAAACAUCUAAGUAUCAUAUACAGUAUGUCCUAUAGGUAAAGGUUCUGUAAUGCCACUUACCAAUUUUGAUAUAUCUGCAUCAAUUUAGCCGUUUUAGUGCAGCGUCAGUUUUACAAGGCCGCAGUCACAUCAUUCUGGCCUCAAUCAAACCUUAAAUGAUGCAAGCUAUGACAUUUGGGCCUCUUCGUUAAUUUUCUGUUGGUGUCUCUCCCGAAGCAGUGUGUUCGUGCAGAAAUCUCUAAUUGUAAAGCAAGCACCUAGUCAUAUCUUACUCCAUGUCACCUAUGGACCAGUGCUUUUUCGUGGCCUCGCAGCCCUUGAGUGCAUUGUUCCUGACCUGGCUUGUUCUGAUCUUGUAUUGCUUUCUGCUCUCCCAUGACUAGGCUACGGUUCUGACCCUGUGUUUUGCAUUGUCCUAAUCAUAGUAUUUCCAUAGUACCAGGCCUGGCUUUAAGCCCAGCUACUGUUAGGUUGGGCAAACUGCCUGUCUAUCUUUACUCCUGGUCAUUUGAUAGGCUGCUGAUUUAUAUAUUGCUGAGGAUCUGUUGUAUACUGAAAAGUUCCUCAAAAUAAUGUUGGCUGAUUAGAUUAAUGUUAAAAAUAUAACAUAUUAUAAAGUUAUAAAAAAAAAAAAAAACACAAAAAAUGUUUCUUACAAAUAGUCGAACUCUUGAUAUGGCAACUCUGAUCUGAUCCUUACAAUAAAGCAUCACAAGGAAACUUUACAGAAUCAUUGAAAAAUCUUCCAAUAAAUAUAUAAGGGGAGGACACACUUAUCUAACACCAUAGAAUCCAUGCAAAAACUUUUUAUUUUUUAUUAUUUAAUUAUUAUUAAAUGCUCAUGAUUUUGAUGUCAAUGCCUUGAUACUACAAAUUUAGAAUAUUUUUUAUGCACUGUAGAAUGUAUCAGUUAAGUAAUGCAUGCUGUUAUCCUUUUUGUCUACUGAGAUGUACAUGGGGGAAAAAAAAUUGUUUUUCAAUCCGUUAGUUUUCUGAAUUAGUUUAGUACAAUAUUUGGAAAAUAUCGAUUUAUAUGCAAGAAAGUCGUCCAGAUUUGGGUGCCAUUAUAUCCUAUGGGGAAUGAAUGGAGGUUUUCAGUUACAAAGUACCAAUAUAGGGUGAUUUCUGCUAAAGUGCUGUAAGAUCAAAAUUAAUAAAAGCACGACUCUUAAUUUUGAUCUUUUAGCUUUUUAGUAGAUAGCUCCAGAAUUUGCUAUCCUCACAUGAGAUUGUCAUAUUUAAGGAUACCUAAUAAGGGAGCGAUAUAUCUGCUAAACAGCUCCCUGAUUUGGUAUCCCUAAAUUUGGGAAUCCCACAUAAGGGUGCCAAUUUAGAGAAUUGUAUCCUAAACUGCUGAAAUACCAACAUUAAUAGAAGCCCUUGUCGUAACUUUGUUUUUUCAGUUGUUUAAUAGAUAACUCCCUACUUUGCUAUCCUUCUCAAAACAAAUGGACCCAAAAUGAAAUGAUUUGAUUAAUUACGGAUACAGUUGCGGUUUCAUCUUACCCAGUAAUUUACAUUAUGGAAAGAUUAUUAAUUGUUAUGACAUAAUCUGGUUCAUCUGAAUUAUUUGGUUGUUUUUAUUUAAGAUCCUUGCUGCCCAUCUGACCUUGCAGUGGUCCAAGUCACUCAGUCUGUGACCAACGUCAGCUGGUCCAUUGCCCCUGGAGUGCAGACAUAUACCACUCUACUGGUGUCCCCAAGAGGUCAGGCAAAGUGCCACACUCUUCAAAACCACUGUCUGCUUGGAUGUAUUACCUGUGGCACCAGCUACUCUGUGUCACUGGAAGCCAUAAGUGAAACUGGCCUGACUUCAAUGUGCACAUAUCACGGCUACUCAUCAAGUAGGUGAACUGAUCAGUGACAACCUUGCUGUGAUCUCAAUUUAAUCUUAAGAGUCAAGCUCUCUUUUUUUAAAGGGAUAAUUUUGUGUGUUUGAACAGGGCCUCGUUUGUUGCAUUAAUUUAAAGAUAAACUAUCCAUAUUCCACUGGCACUGUGAGAAUGACAGUCUCACUCACCAAAACCUGGUUUCUGUCUCUCUAUUUUUUCAUUCUCUCUCUCUCUUUUUCUCUGUCUCUCCCUUUUGCUGUCUCUCUGUUUUACUGACUCUAUCUUUGAACUAUCUACACUAAACCCCAUAUUUCACCAACUAAGGCAAGUAGUAAAACUCAAAGAUUAACCAGGACAACUGAAUGUUGACCUCCAUUGGAUCUUUGAUUUUGCAGUUGCACACAGUAUCAAAUUAAGGUAAAAUCAGCCACAAUGGGUCCUGUUAUCCUGCUCAUACGCAAGAGAGAAUAAUGCAUUGUGGAGCUUAGCUGUAUAUAGAUUGAUAUUAGGAAGACUAGGGUGGUUUGGGGAGAUGGUUAAUUUUACAUUUAUUUUUCAUUUUAUUUUUAAUGUAUCAUCAUUACUGACUAAUUCAGACCAAUUCUAAAGAAACUUUGGAACCACUUGAAGAAAAUAGACAUAAACACAUAAAAAAUAUUGUUAAAGAAAAUAAUCAGGGGUGUCAGGGAUCAAGGACAUUUUGAGUAUUAGCAGAAGGAAAUCCCACAGUAGACUUUUGGUGUAGGAUGUGAUCUGGCAGGCUACAGGGAUAUCUCUGAGAAAAAUAGCCAUAAAAAAAAAAACACCAACCCCACUUGGAGAAUCCAUCAUGAGACACCUGUCAGCAGGUGACCAAUCUCAGCACAGAUAGAUGAGCGAGGAGAUAUUAUUCCAGGAUUAAGAAAUGCAAACUUUAGCAGCCAAUAAUAGCACAUAGAAUAUUAUCAUUAUUAUCAUAUUAUUAUGGAAUAUUAUCAUCUUUUAAUAUAGCAUAAUUUAACUAAUAUUUACAGAUAUACGCUUGAAAUGUUCAACUCAAGUUGUCUGCAAGUAUGUAUUUCAUCUGUUUAUGAUAUAUAACUGAAGGUGAAUAAUUACAUCCUACAUUACCUAAUGACAUAAUUUCCUAUAUCCACAAGGUCCCUGUUGUCCAUCUGGAGUGAAGUUGUACAGAUUGUCAAACAGUAGUAUCCGGGUCACCUGGCGGGCGUCAUCCGGAUCUGCCAACUACACUGUGAACCUGUAUGGAUCAAAAGGAAACUUCACGUGUAGCCCAAACACCAGCAUCAGCUACUGUGACAUCUCUGACAUACAGUGUGGAGAUGUUUACACUGUGGUUGUUUCUCCUGUCAUUCUGGAAGAACCACAAGUCUCAUUCUGUCCUCAAAAAAUAUAUUCCGGUAGGAGGUUUUUGGUAUUGAAGAGAAGUCUCUUCACUUUCACUAAUUCUACAAUAUUAUUUUUAUUCUGUCUGUUAUUCUGUCUGUCUGUCUGUCUGCCUGUCUGUCGAUCUAGAUAGACCAAACUCAAACAAACAUGCAGAAAUAAAAGGUAGAGGAAAGAUACAGAGCGUAUUACUGAUCAUGAGGGUUGACUAGGUUUAACAGAAGUAUGAUAAACAGAAAGCCAAAGGGAUCUAAGAGAACAUCCAAGAAACAAUCCAGAGGUCAGGAAUACAGAGGUUUACAGAAUUAAUAAACUAGGCAAGGUCUGGGAGAACAGAAGUAGUUACAGUCAGGACAAGCCAGGCUCAGGAUAUCAAGAUAUGCAAAUGGACAAUAACUUGCUAUUGCCAGAAGGAAACAUGGACAGAGCAAAGCUAAGAAAAACCCUAUUGGUCAGCAUCAUAAUAAUCAGAAUGUGCGUGUAUAUACGGCAUCACAAGUAUGAUGUGAGAGCACUUGCAUCAAAGUUGUUGCAAGUAAUAGAAAGUUGUUAAUAGAGGCACCAUAGAAUGAUGCAGAGGAAUAGCAUCCAGCAUUCAAAAUGAUGCCAGGACAGGAAUGCUGACUUUAGAGAGGUGGAUUGGACCCAAGUUACAUGUCACUAUCUGUCCUUUGUGUGGCUGGCUGUAAGCCAUUGACUGCUGCCUAAUAUAUUAAUCCCCAUAUUGCGAUGCAGGGAUUCUGUGUUAGAAUCCCUUGCAACUGAUGAAGGAACAGGAAAAUGGCCUUUGUGUUAGCAUACUGUAAACAUAAAUGGAAGCUUUUCACAAUUCAGUUUCUUACUUUACACAGUAGUUCCCCCAAUUUUUAAUGCAUUCUAUAGACAGUUUAUUGACAAGUUCGCAGAUAAAAAUGAAGAACUGUAAGAAACAGCCUAGAAGAAGAGAUAAGGAUUGUGUGGCUUGUGAAUUCCCAAUAUAGCUUCUCUCGUGAUGAAAUUCAACAGGGGAGCGGUAUCUGGAAAUGCUACUUGGAGUUUUUCUUUAAUAAAAAGAAAAAAACCCCUUUCCUACUCUUCCAAGGUAGAUAAAAUGAGUACCAUUAAAUUGGGUAAUAGUAACAACCCCUGGAUGUUGGGCUAAGGUAACAUCCCCAGGAUGUACUUAAAAACCAGAGUAAUAUGAAUGUGCCUUUCCUGGUUAAAUACUUUGUUAUUAUUAUAUACUGCAUCAGGUCAUCACUAUUAUGUGUGAUUCAAAAAAUAAAUAAAUUGUAAUGUAAUUGUCCCAAUCUAUCUCUUUACAGUGAGAUGCUCAGGAAGCUCGCUUGGAAUGGGUAAGGAAAUCACCGCUUGCUUCGUAGGUUUUCACUACUAACCUUUAGAACACUGAACAUUAUAUAUUGAACACUGUUUGAUAUUACUUGGAGUUUAUUGACUAACCCUGUGAGUAGGGAGGAUCCAUACAAAGUUCUAAACAAGUGCAACUAUCAAAUAGCUAAUGAUAGCACUGUAUGCAAAUAUUCACGGGGAACAUAUCGAAACGCUGAUAAAUUCGAUUCUCUGUCACAGCCUUCAUUUGUUAAUCUUUUUUUUUUUUUUACAUGUCAGUUAUUUACAGGGGUAAAAGAAGUGUCUCAUAG